UCACCUCACACCCUCUUUUCUAAUCUCUCAAUAAUUCCUCACACCCACCAUGGAAGAACCACCACCACCUUCAUCGCCGCCGCCGUCAUCACCGUCGUCACCACCGCCACCUAUUAAAACCUACACUUUAACAGCCACUUCAAUAUCCUACACAAAAACCCCAACUACCACCACUAAAAUCACCUCCUUUUUACUCUUGAACCCAUGCAUCAGCGUCACAUCACCACCCUCCAUCCUUCAGGACAUUUCUCUCACCGCGUACCCGUCCCAAAUCCUUGCCAUCGUCGGCCCAAGCGGGGCGGGAAAAUCGACCCUCCUCGACAUUCUAGCUACCCGAACCGCCCCCACCACCGGCACCCUCCUCCUCAACUCCUCCCCCAUGACCCCGUCAACCUACCGCAAACUCUCCGCCUACGUCCCCCAACACGACUACUCCUUACCCGUCCUCACCGUCUCCGAAACCUUCGCCUUCGCCGCCCGCCUCCUCCAACCAAAAACCACCCAAAUAUCCACCCUAGUAACCUCUUUAGUGACCGAGCUGGGGCUAACACACGUAGCCCACACCAAGCUCGGUCACAACCUCUCGGGGGGCGAGAGGAGGCGUGUCUCCAUCGGCCUGAGCCUCCUCCACGACCCCGGAGUCUUACUUCUAGACGAACCCACAUCCGGGCUCGACAGCACCUCGGCUUACACCAUAAUGCAAACCCUAAAAUCGAUCGCAACCGCACGUCGUAGGACCAUAAUCUUAUCAAUCCACCAACCAAGCUUCAAACUACUUACAACCAUUGAUAGAAUAUUAUUACUUUCAAAAGGGAAAGUUGUCCAUCAUGGAACUUUACCUUCCCUUCAAGAAAAUUUACUUUCCAACGGUUUUACACUCCCACCGCAACUGAACUCACUCGAAUACGCCAUGGAGAUUCUAACUCAAUUACCCGUAACCAAACCCGUUACACAAACAUCACCAACGGACUUAACGCAACUUGUUGGGAUCAAACAUGAUCAUAUUCAGUACCGAAGCUCUAGAGUUGAGGAAAUUGUGGCAUUGUAUGGUAGAUUUUGGAAGAUUAUUUACCGUACUAAACAGCUACUUUUGACAAAUACUUUGCAAGCAUUGGUUGUGGGGCUUGUUUUAGGGACGAUAUAUAUUGAUAUUGGGUUUGAUAAAACAGGAGUUGAGAAGAGGUUUGGUUUGUUUGCGUUUACGUUAACGUUUCUGCUUUCUUCUACGACCGAAACGUUGCCGAUUUUCAUUAAUGAGCGGCCGAUUUUGCUACGGGAAACAUCUGGUGGUGUUUACAGGUUAUCAUCGUAUCUGAUAGCGAACACCCUGGUGUUUUUCCCGUAUCUUCUAGCCAUCGCGAUCAUCUACUCGGUCUCAGUCUACUUCCUAGUCGGUCUAUGUCAAACAUGGCAAGCGUUCGGCUACUUUGUGUUAGUAAUAUGGGUCAUUGUCCUAAUGGCUAACUCGUUCAUCCUAUUCUUGAGUUCGAUCGCACCAAACUACAUAACCGGAACAUCACUAGUGACCAUACUUCUCGCGGGGUUUUUCCUCUUUUCGGGCUACUUCAUAUCGAAAGAAAGCAUGCCAAAGUAUUGGUUGUUCAUGCAUUACUUCUCAAUGUACAAAUAUGCUCUUGAUGCUAUGUUGAUCAAUGAGUAUUCAUGUUUGACCAACAAGUGUAUGAUAUGGUAUGAUGAAAAGAGUCAAACGUGCAUGAUGACUGGUGCUGAUGUGUUGGAGAAAAAAGGGCUACAUGAGAAUCAAAGAUGGAUUAAUGUUUAUAUAUUAAUUGGGUUUUUUGUGUUUUAUCGCGUGCUUUGUUUUUUCUUCUUGGUUAGAAGGGUUUCAAGAUCAAAAAAGUAAGAGAUUGAUCAAGAAAACUUGGAUUAUUUUUAUAAUGUGAUUAACAUAAAUGCAAAUUGUUAAACGUUGGGUAUUUAUGUUAAUGAUAUUUGAUUUGUAAACGGUUAGAUUAUA